AGAGAGAGAGAGGGAGAGAGAGAGAGAGAGAGAGUCAGCUCAUGUCUCUCUCCAUCAUCACACACAGCUCGUUAAUAGGCUCCAGAUGCCUCUACAGAAGACGCUCGUCUGCAGGCUGUGUGGAUGUGGAUCGCCUCCUCUCUGAAUCUGAAUCGCUGCAGAUGUGAAUCCAUAUCUUCCUUCCUGUCAUCGACAAAACAAGAAGAUUAUGGGGUUGCGUGCAUUUUUUUGUGAACACGUGGGAAGCUUAUUUUUUGCUGUGCUGUCUGAGGCUGCUCGCCCGUCCUCCUCCCUGUGAUGAGAUGUGAUGUGAUGGAGGAGCUCGGAGGUGCUGCAUCGCUGGAGAGAUGAGUGAGAGGUGCAGAGGAGGAGAUAAUCAAUGAAGACACACAGGGCUCCUCCUGUGCGUUUGGGCAACAAGGUCAGAGUCGUCUAAAGGCUGGGGUGAGAUUAUGUCCACGCGGGGACAAGAAGAGGUCGCCUGAUGGAGAUGUCCCCAGAAAAACCAAGAGUUUCUCUUCUCUGUGUGUCGGAUUGCAGAGAAAAUCUCCAUCCCUCCAUCUGCAUGAUCCUGGUUGAGCUUUGUUUUUGACAAGCUGCAAGGCUUCUUCUUUCUGUUCUCGGAGAUAAAGUUUCUUGGCUCUGCGGGUGAUUUAUUCCUCCAACGAUUCCUCUAAUUGCAACACAGUUGAACCCGGUUAAGGUGAUUUAUUAUAGGCUGCAGGUUUAAAAGGAGAGGUGGAGUGAAUUCCAUCAGAGCAGCAGCAGCAGCAGCAGCAUCAGCAUCCAUACAGCUGCGGCCAGCUGUGGACUCUGUUUCUGGACGCUCACAUCUGUCGUUGUUGUUGUCGUCGCUGUCCAUGGUGCUGAACUCGAGCUCCAGUGAUGGUGGAGACGCUGAGUAUCGCAGUCAUCGGUGCUCCCGGAGUGGGGAAAACUUCUAUAAUCCGCCAGUUCAUCUAUAACGAUUUCUCGGAGGUGUACACGCCGACCAGGACCAGAUAUGUGUACAGACCCUCCGUCAUCCUCAACGGGAACAUGUAUGAGCUGAAGGUUCUGGACGUCCCGCCAAUCUCCUCCUUCCCAUCCAGCUCCAGCCAGGAGUGGCUGGAUUUGCGCUGCAGAGGCGUCCGCAAUGCCAACGCCUACAUCCUGGUGUACGACAUCUGCUGCGUGGAGAGCUUUGAGUACGUCAAGAUGAUCAGACAGCAGAUAGUGGAGCACAGGGAAGGCAGCAGCAGUGAGGUGCCAAUCCUGGUGGUGGGCAACAAGAGAGAUCUGCAGCGGCAGCGCUUCAUGCCUCGCCGGGCGGUGUCGGUCCUGGUGAAGAAGACCUGGAAGUGCGGUUACGUGGAGUGCUCGGCCAAGUUCAACUGGCACGUGGUCCUGCUCUUCAAAGAGCUGCUGGGCAUCGCCGUGGCACGGGGCAUGCGCCAGAACCACACCUCCAUCCGUCUGCAGGGGGCGCUACAGAGGAACCGCUGCACCAUCAUGUGACCCAGAGAACUCCCUCCACCCCUCGCACCUCAGGAGUGGAGCGGCAGUGGAGGAAAAAAAGGACUUUUUAUCUAAAUGGCUGGAAAAAUACCCUGUGGCCUCCUGCUUUACUGAGCUGAUUUUUCAUAAUGAGGUUUAUUAGUCUCUUGCGCUGUAAAAGACACUCAAAUUUCACACACGGUCAUCCAACCACUUCCUAGUCCGACUCUGCCAAAUGUGUAAAUGCAAGGAAGGAGGUAGGAGAUAAACAAGUGGAAAUGAACACGACUAGCAUAGCACAGUUUUGUUUUGUUUUUUUCUCACAUCAACUCGACAGUUACUCAUUUAAGGCUGUGCUUCCCAAAUUACACAGCAGCAAGUCUUAUUGAGGGUUGUCUCGUGGCUGUAGCUGGGCCUGACGGGGUGGAAGCUGUGUUUGUGGGACUCAAAAUGGAGAGGCAGCAAUAUCAUCGAGUCUUCCUUUUGAAUUUGUCAUAUUUAGUAAGAUCAACAGCUUAUAUCGUACAUAUUUGGAUUUGUUUGAGGGUUGAUGGUCCACAGGAUAGAAUAAAACAGAGCAAAAAAUAGCUUCUCGUCUUGGUGGAUUAUCUCGAAAUGUACAGAUUGAUGAUUAGAUGGUGUUUUAAUUUUAGAUUCUGAGAAGUAGCCUGCGAUUAUUUUUCUUUCCCUGUCCCGGUUUCAAACUUGGCCUACGGUGAAAACUGUUUGUUCAGACGAGGAGGGGAGGGGGGUUUAAGGUUGUCUUGCAGCAGAAAAUGCUGCAGUCUCUAUCAUGAAGUACUGUGGGGCUUUAAUCUGCUCCCUCCCCUCACUUAGUGUCUGUUUCUGAUGAAUACAUUAAAUCCAGGGAACUGGGGACCUGCAGGAGGCUGCAGAGCCUGAGACGAGAACCUGCACACGCAAUGUGGAUGUUUAUAUGUGUGUGUGUGUUUGUGUGUUUGUGUGUGAGAGAGUGAGGGAGGCAGAGAGAGGCAGGUUUGAUUGCUGACAUUCAGGCAAGCAAAGGACAGACACGGGGAGAUAAGAGAUCGAUGUGGAAGCUGGAUUAGGAAGGAGCAAUAAAAUCUCACAGGGGUGUCCUGACUCACUAUAUGUACCACCAUAUUCUAUUGAAAAUGCCUCACAUAUAGUAGACGUAAUCCAGCCGCGUUCAGAUAUCCUGCAGAAAUAAGGAAGCAGACUUCCACAAAACACCCCAUGAGUGCAUCACAGACACACAGGGAACCUUAAUAAAGCUUUCAUAUCAGUAUCUGAAUAGUAUCUAAUAGGUAAUGUCGUGAGAUUAACAGUCGCUUAUUCAUUUGAUUAGGCCUAGUUUGGUAGUUUGUGAACACGGCUGCACUGAAAGUGAGCAGACCUAUUGUACAUAAGUGAGUGAUUCAUGGAGUAAUUGACUUGCAUGCUUUUGUUGGUAGAGCCAACGGGUCAGGGUUUAAUUGCACUGAUGUGAAAAUUUGAUAUUGUGUUUAAUUUUUUGUAAUACAUGAUUUUCUGACACUGUAAUGAGCAGCUGAGUGGAGUGAAUGUGGUCGUUUUUCACUGGCAUGUGAGAGCACAAGCUAAUGAUUCUCUCCGAGACAUAGUGUUGAACCCUCCGAUCAGGGCAGAUGGCUGUGUUAGUCUUUUCUUUUCUAGUAAAAAAUAUGAAAUAUGUAGCAGCAACUGUGUGUAGCAUGAGUUCUCAUCAGUUUGUCUGUGUGCGCGUUUCCAAAUAAAAAGGGCUACAGUUUUUUAUCAGAAACAUUACUUGUAUUUAUUUUUACUGUGUUAGUACUGUGAGUAUUUUUUUUUUUGGACAGAUGAAAUAUUAAAUGCAUUUGAGAACCUUA